AUGGAUAUUGUGCAUAUUCGAGUCCCUAAAAUGUUUAUUGGAAUAAAAAUUAACAUGAAAACGUUGAUCAAGCAAUUACCUGUUGAAUUAUGGGCCUCAAUAUUCUCCUAUUUGGAAGCACAUGAUCUUCUUCAAGUAUUUACUAAUCUGAAUACUUAUUUUGAUGAAUCAAUUGCCUCUGAUCAUUUAUUAUUUAAUAUGCGUUUGGGGGAAAAUGACCAUAAUCCUUUUGAAUAUUCGAUUCAAUCCUAUUGGUCUGAUUUCAUACUUCAUCGUAUUGUUAGUCGUCGACCUAUCCUUCAACAUAAAACCUCUCAUAUAUCGGAAUUUCUUCGUUGGCAUUGUACAAAUUUGAUUCAAUUGAAAUCUUUAGAAGUUACAUUACGCGGAAGAGAAAUUCCAACGAUAUGUAACACUUUAAAACAGCUGAAAUCUGUUCAACUUCUUUCCAUGGAAUGUGUACCAAAUCAACAUUUUCUGGAAGCUAUUCUCUCUGCACCUACAUUACGUGUAUGUCGAUUAGAUUUCUCACGAUCAUCAACAACAAUCAAGAUUUAUUCGAAUAAAAUGAGUAACAUAGAAACACUUUAUAUUAAAAUUCAAGGUGAUUCACAUAACUCGAUUAUUGAUUUACUUCUGAAUCGAAUGCCAAAAUUGAAAAGGCUUGAAAUAACUAAUCCUAAUGAUUAUUUCUACAAUCGAGAUUCACUAUUUGUAAAAUCAUUAUUUAUUCUGUCAGAGCUUGAAACCAUUAAAAUAAAUUGGUCCUCGACUAAAUCUGAUUCUAAAUUUUUUGAAAGUUUAUAUCAAAUUCUUCCGAAUUUAAAACGUCUUAGUUUCAACUUUGUUCAUAAUUAUUGUGUUGACGAUGUCUUCAAUCAUUUAAUUUAUCAGUGGUGGUCAAUUCUUAAAAGACUACGACGAAUUAACAUAGUUAUCGAAUGUACAACAUCGCAACUAAAGGUCAAUGUUGUUCAUAGGAAAAAUUAUCUUCUUUUGACUGGCGCCUGGAGAAAGUAG